ACCGGAGCGUGGGAACUGCAGAGGAGAGACUGGGUCUCUCGCGAGUCCCCUUUCAGACCACAGGGCCCCCCAAAGUGGAAAGACAGGGCUGGGCAUCCCAAUACCCUGUCUUCUGAACCUUUCAGCUCAUGCCAGGCCCUAUGGCACAGCCUGGCCAGCCUAGGCUACUCAGGAAAGCGUGAAGAAGGGCGUGGGGCACGGCCAGGCCCAGGCCCCCUCUCUUUGUGUCUCCGGCCACUUCUCCCCUCUGCUCUGUGAGCUGAUAGGACUCAGCCCUGAGGCGUCAUCCUUGCUCCAGAACUAACCCCUGAGACGGGAACUGACCCUAAACAGGGCUUUGGUAAAGGCUGUCACUAGAAAUGGAUGAAUCAAUCAUUGGACAGUUGAACACACGAAAUGUCGGGGGGGCUGCAGGAGGAGCCGUGUAAAGAUGGACUGGAGGUGGUUGUCCCAGACCUGCCGCUGACCAGCUGUGUGACCUUGAACGGCUCAUUUCCACCAUCAGCCGAAACGCACGUGAGAGCUGUGACUUUUCAGUCCUGUUUGGAGACUUACCGGGGACUGCAGCCCAGGAGCCAGCCUCCAGCUCUGGGGCACUGCUCUGAAGUAUAUGUGAGUUAGGUGAAGAGGGUAUGUGCAACCAAGCACAUGUCUCAGGAGACGGUUACUGCUAGUCAUGAGGAGCAGCCUUCAGCUGGAGGCAUUUAAGGCGCAGGACGCACAGCCGCGGCUGCAGGACCCAGAGGCCAACCCUGACGGCCCAGGAGAGGAACAGAGGGAGGGGCAGGAGCCAAAAGCACCACCACCGGCCUCCACGCCUGCCCCACCACCAGGGAACCAUGCUCCUCGCCACGUUCAAGCUGUGUGCCGGGAGCUCCUACAGACACGUGCGCAACGUGAAGGGGCUGAGGCACCAGGCUGCGCUGGCCAUCGGCCAGGAGCUGAACCGGAGGGCCCCGGGGGGCCCGACCCCAGCUGCCUGGAUUAACCAGGUUCGGAGUCACGGCUCUCUGCUCGGUUCUCAGCUGGAAGACACUCUCUACAGCGACCAAGAACUGGCCUAUAUCCAGCAGGGAGAAGAGGCCAUGCAGAGGGCCCUGGGCAUCCUCAGUCACCAGGAGGGCUGGAAGAAGGAGAGCCAGCAGGCGAAUGGGGACGAAGUGUUGAGUAAAGUGAUCCCAGACGUGGGCAAGGUGUUCCGGCUGGAGGUGAUAGUGGACCAGCCCAUGGAGAGGCUUUACGAAGAGCUCGUGGAGCACAUGGAGGCCAUGGGCGAGUGGAACCCGAAUGUCAAGGAGAUCAAGGUCCUGCAGAAGAUUGGAAAAGACACAGUCAUCACUCACGAGCUGGCCGCAGAGGCGGCAGGAAACCUCGUGGGGCCCCGAGACUUCGUGAGUGUGCGCUGUACCAAGCGCCGGGGCUCCGUGUGUGUGCUGGCUGGCAUGGCCACGCACUACGGGGAGAUGCCCCAGCAGAAGGGCGUCAUCAGAGCUGAGCACGGCCCCACCUGCAUGGUGCUCCAUCCCCUGGCUGGAAGCCCCUCAAAGACCAAACUCACCUGGCUGCUCAACAUUGACCUCAAGGGAUGGCUGCCGAAGACCAUCAUCAACCAGGUCCUCUCGCAGACCCAGGUGGAUUUUGCCAACCACCUGCGCAAGCGCCUGGAGUCCCGCCCCGCUCUCGCUCUCGCGGCCAGGUGUUGAAGAGCAGCCUGCUGCUGCCAAGGGCUCCCAGCCGGGCGCGCUUGCAGGCUCGCGAGGAGGUCUCUGCCGGAAGCCUACAAGUCUGUUAGAGAUCUUCAUCCAGGGACAGUGGGAUGGGAUGGUGGUGCGUUUCCAGUAGGAUACUAGAACUCAGAUGGGUAACAUUUUAGUACCAGGAAAGUGGGGACAAGGCUCUUUUAACUUCAUUCACUGAUUAGCUGUAAAAUGAAGCAUAGGGGUCCCAAAA